AUGUCACCUCCUCCUGGUCUUCGGCGACAGGGGGAGAAUUAUGUUUGUCGCCUCAACAAGUCCUUGUAUGGUUUGAAACAGGCAUCACGGCAAUGGUUUACUAAAUUUACUGAGGCUAUACUUUCUGCUGGAUUCACUCAAUCAAAGGCCGACUAUUCUCUCUUUAUUCAGAAGGUUGGUAAUUCCCUUACAGUAAUGUUGAUUUAUGUUGAUGAUAUUCUCAUCACUGGAAAUAAUCUGGAUUCUAUUAAGGCUCUUAAACAGUUUUCGCAUACCCGCUUUAGAAUUAAAGACUUGGGUGAUCUUAAGUAUUUCCUUGGGAUUGAAAUUGCUCGUUCAGGAAAAGGUAUAUAUUUAUCCCAAAGGAAGUAUGCGUUGGAAAUUAUCAAGGAUACCGGUUUUUUGGGUGCUAAACCCGUUGAGUUUCCAAUGGAAGAAACAAAAUUGUCAAAUAAGGGAGAAUUGCUUAAGGAUCCGGCAGCAUAUAGGCGUUUGGUUGGCCGCCUCAUAUAUCUCACCAUCACCAGACCUGACAUUACCUAUUCAGUUCAUGUUUUAAGCAGAUUUAUGCAUGAGCCACGUCUACAUCAUAUGGCUGCAGCACUUCGGGUUGUUAGGUAUUUAAAGUCAUGUCCCGGUCAAGGUCUUCUUUUGCAUGCUGGAAACGAUUUAAGUUUGAGAGCUUUUUGUGAUUCUGAUUGGGCGGGUUGUCCUAUUACUCGCCGUUCUACCACUGGUUAUUGCGUGUUCUUGGGAAAAUCUCUUAUUUCAUGGCGCACCAAAAGGCAGAAAACAGUUUCUUUAUCAAGUGCUGAAGCUGAAUACAGAGCCAUGGCAGGUACAUGUUGUGAACUUACUUGGUUGCAAAACUUGUUUGCUGAUUUGCACAUACCUAUUGCCAAACCUGCCAUGUUAUAUUGUGAUAAUCAAGCAGCUUUACACAUUGCUGCAAAUCCAGUUUUUCAUUAA